AUGCGCCGAGAGGAGAGAGAACAUUUCUUAACUUCUAAACUCGUUGUAAGCACUCUUGGAGGCGACUUGAAGUUGAAGGGCAAUUUUGGCCCUUUUCCCAUUUUUCAAUUGGUGCAGUUUAUAAAUGGAGAACCUGUCUAUGAAGCGUGCUGUCGAACUAACGUUGGUGGAUACCAUGUCACUGAUUAUCUGAAGCAGCUUGUUUCACUCAAGUACCCUCAUCACAUAUCAAAGCUUACAUGGGAAAAGGUUGAAGAACUGAAGAUGGAACACUGUUACAUAGCUGCAGACUAUGCUUCAGAGGUUCAACUAUUUCAGAGGGGGGAUAAGGAAGCUGAAGAAAAAACCAGAUGUUGGCAGCUUCCUUGGACUCCAUCACCAGCCGAAGUGCCUCCAUCAGAAGAAGAAAUUGCUAGAAAGGCAGCUGUGAAGGAGAAACAAAGUCAACGAUUGCGUGAGAUGGCUGAAGCGAAAAGAUCCUCAAAAAUAAAUGAACUUGAAAAUGAAUUAAAAGGGUUGGAAUUCCUCUUGGAGGAGUUGAAGGGCAUUGGGGAUGACAAAAUUGUGUCGUUCCUUGCGAGUAGAGGUUAUACUUCUAAACGUGAAGUGGAAUCCGCCUUUGCAAAAGUUACUCAGUCACUUCGGAAGGCCAAGGGUGAGCAAGUUCCAUGUGAAGAGAAAGUGGAUGCUUCUGCAGCUGAGAAGUAUUAUCUCAUUGAUAUACCUGACGAUGAACUUUCAGCGGAGCAGCUCAAGGAGAAGAGAAGACAAGUGUUCCUGAAGUCCACAACUGAAGCACGGCAGCGAGCUAAACAAAAGCGUCUGGAGGAGGAGUUAGAAAAGGAGAAGGAAAAGAAACUUGAGGAACAAAAGCGCCUGGAAAACCCAGAACACUAUUUGGAGCAGUUGCGAGCAAAAUACAAAGAGCUCUCUGAAAAACUUGAGCAGCGAAAGCGAUUGAAGACGAAUGGGAACCACGCAAAUGGCAAUAAUAAUGUUUCCGGAGGUGUCGGUCGUGGGGAGAGGUUGAAUGCUGCCCAAAGAGAGAGGAUGCGCCUGUUAACCACAGCAGCAUUUGAUAGAGGGAAAGGUGAAGAUACUUUUGGCCAAAGGGAUGAAGAUUGGCAACUCUACAAGCUAAUGAGUAGAGAUAAUGACGAUGAUGACGAUGAUAAGCCAGAUCAUGAUGAAGCUGAGUUGGCUCGCAUCUCCUCUAGGCUUCAGGAGAUCGACCCUACAUUUUUCCCAGGAUCAGAAUCUGGAGCCUCUGCCUCAGAGGCGCCACGUUUCCGUCCUCUAACAAAGGAGGAUUUUCAAAUCAUAUUUGGGGUUGAAAGAUUUAGAUGUCCUGAAGUUCUAUUCAGUCCUAACAUCAUUGGGAUAGACCAGUCGGGGUUGGAUGAAAUGGUUGGAGUGUCAUUGAGAAGGUUGCCUACUUGGGGACAAGGCUUGGAGGAUAAAAUGACAAGUUCAAUACUUGUGACUGGCGGGAGUUGUCUCUACCCAGGUAUGGCUGAGCGCUUGGAAGCAGGAAUUCGGAUGAUCAGGCCAUGUGGAACUCCUAUAAAGAUUCUCAGAGCAACAGAUCCAAUUAUGGAUGCAUGGCGUGGUGCUUCGGCCUAUGCUGCUGCUAUGGAAUUCCCGCAGCAAACAUUCAGUAGAAUGGAUUAUUAUGAAAAAGGUGAAGAUUGGCUUCGUAGAUAUAAGUUCAGAUACACUAUCUAAUUGUCCAAGUUGAAACUGAUAGAUUUACAUAGGUUUUAGUACACUAAGCGGGCUAUGUCAUAUAUGAAUAGUGGACCAUUAAGACCAUUGCGCAUACAGGGUAAUUAUUCUGCUGUAUUCAGAAUGAUGUAUUUCACAACUUGAACUUAAGCAACUUUUGUAUGGCC